AUGCAGAUCUUUGUGAAGACCCUGACUGGGAAAACUAUCACUCUCGAAGUUGAGAGCAGCGACACCAUCGACAAUGUCAAGGCCAAGAUUCAGGACAAAGAAGGUAUUCCUCCAGACCAGCAGAGACUGAUUUUUGCAGGGAAGCAGUUAGAAGAUGGCCGUACUUUGGCUGAUUACAACAUUCAGAAAGAAUCCACGCUUCAUUUGGUGUUGAGGCUUAGGGGGGGAACAAUGAUCAAAGUGAAAACUCUUACUGGAAAAGAGAUAGAAAUUGAUAUUGAACCAACUGACACAAUCGAUCGCAUCAAAGAACGGGUCGAGGAGAAGGAAGGAAUUCCUCCUGUACAACAAAGGCUCAUUUAUGCGGGGAAGCAGCUCGGAGAUGACAAGACUGCAAAGGAUUACAAUAUCGAGGGUGGUUCUGUUCUUCACCUUGUGCUUGCACUGAGAGGAGGUCAAGGUGGAUGUUGUUAG